AAAUUUAUUAAAUUAAAUUUAAUGUUUUUUUUUUUUUGGAAUUUAAUCAAAAUAUUUAUCGUAAUUUUGUCUGUUUCAUAGCGAACGGAGAAGAACCUUACGGCAAAUUUGUGAAGAGAGCGAAAUAUGACCGAGAAACGUAAUUUGGUAAAUUUGAGAGAAAUGAAGAGAAAUAAUGGUUUCAUAGCGGACAAAGAAGAACCUUACGGGAAAUUUGAGAAGAGAGCGAAAUAUGACCAAGAAAUGCCAAUUAAAUGUUGUCAUCGCGAAUAUUUGUUGUUGCGUUAUAUUAGAUCAGCGAAGAAGUAUCAUUGUGUGGCUAAAUGCGUGAGCAUUGUUCGACACCGUCCGUCCGCCCAGAUUAAGAUAAAUGAUAAAUUAUACAUUCACGUUCAUAAGAAAGAAGUUAAUUUAUGCACUGUACUUGAGUUGUCAGAUGAUUUUGAAGAACUUGAAGACCUGUUGCCUUUGAAUCCGUGUUCCAAAUCGUUGGGGUACGUUAGACGGGCCACGGAGUCCAACGGAACUAGAUAUUACACUUUGGGACCGAACAAAACACCGAUCACACCUUUAAUGUUGUGUUGCAUCGAUUGGGAUUCCGCUGAGCUCGCAAUUCAAAGUUUACUUUAUAUUGUGUUCGGCGAGAAAGCCAUCGCCACUAAAUGUCUUCGAGGAUUGGAUUCGAAUAAAUUGCAAGAUGUAGUUCACGUUGUUAGCGAGGAAAGGAACACCAAAUACGACAAAGUGAUGGCUCUGGUUAUAAAGAAGUUGAGGAUUGAUAAGGAGCGCUAUAGAACGCGUAAUAUUAAGAAAUGGGAGCGUUAGUGUCUCAAUCCAUAUGUUUUAUAUCGUCAUUUUAAAUUUUUAAUAAAUUUAUGCAAUUUUCGUCGA